AUGCAAUCCGAAACCUCCCCACAUGCUCGCGAUCCUAACGGUCUCAAGCGCAAAAGGAGCGAGCCCGGUCUUUUCACUCGUCUUCUAUCAUGGCUACCCUUCAGGCGCGACGUGCCACCAAGCGAGAGCGGCCCACGUCAGACCUCCGAAGAGUAUACACCGCACACGCGAGCCAACAUGGUUGCUCGUGAGGAAGGAUGGGCAGUCAAGAGGCGUCGAAUGAACGAAGAGGAUGCGAUCGAAGAUGCGACGCUGGCCUGCGCGCGUCAGGAGUACGUCGCCGAAAAGGGCAAAUCUAAAGAGAGGAGCGACACAGACAAUCAUACUGUCUUGAACGACAACGGCGCUGCUCUGCGUGACGGGCGGGUCUCACCUCCCGCUCAUCCUACUCUCUGUGCCGCGAAUGACAGGCUUGUCAUCGUCAAGAUUGUGCUCGUCAACUUCAAGAGCUUCGCAGGCAAACAGGAGAUCGGGCCAUUUCAUAAGUCUUUCUCCUGCGUCGUGGGGCCAAAUGGAUCCGGCAAGUCAAACACAAUCGACGCGAUACUCUUUGCAUUCGGAUAUCGUGCAGCGAAGAUGCGACACCCAAAACUGUCAGAGCUCAUACAUAACUCGGCACACCAGCCAGGCCUGAAUGAAUGUUCUGUGGCGGUGUUUUUCCAGAGGAUAUAUGACAAGCCCGAUCAGGAUGACUUCUGCCCCGUACAGGGCUCUGACUUUUGUAUCGCCAGAACGGCAUAUGCGGACAACACCAGCCAAUACGCGAUUAAUUCAGAAAAACGAAGUCACAAGGAAGUACAGGACUUGUUGAAAGGUCACGGCAUCGACAUAAUGCAUAACCGUUUUCUCAUCAUGCAGGUGCGGCUUGGCACUCUGGACAAUCAUCUCAGGGCCAUUGUCUCACGUCCAGCUUCACUGACCACACUUACGCAGGGAGAAGUUGAAUCCAUCGCUCAGAUGCGGCCCAGGGCUCCUUCGGCACAUGAAGAUGGACUCUUGGAAUACUUUGAAGAUGUGAUUGGCACGAGUGCUUACGGGUCCGUGAUUGAAGACCUGUGGGCGCAAUGUCUAGUCGCCAAGGAGGACCUCGUCCAUGCUCAGGAUCGUUUGCGCGUCGCUCGUCAGCGUAAAAACGCGCUUGAAGGACCCAAGACGGCUGCGGAACAGUACAUUCGUCUCGCUAACGCAUUGGUCAGGACCAAGAGCCUGCUCCUUCAAUAUCAGAUUUACCGUGAGAUGAUCGAGAGGGACUCUCUCGACGACUUGCUUGUAAGAGUAUUUCUACAGUCCGUCGCAAAUUCCAGAAUAACGGCGAAACAGGGUCUCUCAGAGGCGACACUGCGAAAGCUCCAAGAUCAGUAUGAAGAAAUGCUCGCGGCGCAGCAAUGCUUCCGUCAACGCGCUGGUGAGCAUAGAAAAGGACUGGAGAUCCUUAACAGCGUUGUAGAGUUGUUGUCCGUCUGUAACACUGAGACGGCUGAGUAUUGCGCUCGGGCCAAGCGCCGGCACCAGGAUGCGCUAGGCCAGCAUCAGAGAGCUGUCGAGGCGAAGCUAUUGAAUGAGUCAUCGAUUGAUGUAGCAAGGCAAACCGUUGUGGGCAUGGAUCAGACGCUCGCGAAGAUGUCAACCAGGAUAUUUGAACUGGAGGGGAGUCUCGCGGCGGCGCGAAAUGACUGCGAAACGACCAUGUAUGCUAUUGGUGGUGAAACCAUCCGGCUACAGCAACUCAUCGACGAGAAGCGCCAGGAACUCUUACCCUGCACAAACGAGCUUUUCCAAGUCCAGCGCAGGAUCGAUGUCUGCAUAAGUUCGCGUGAUAUCUACACUCGCAGACUCCAGGUAUCGAGGCUGGCAACCUGUGAAGUUCAAGCGCGCCUUUCCGAAUUGCGACGUAUGGAACAAGCCAAACUUCUUGAGCGAGAUGAAUUAUUGCUGAGGAAGACUUCUGCGCAAGUAGAGCUCGCGAACGCUCUCCAUCGCCGCACGGAGCUUAAUCAGGAUAUACGCGGUCUCGACACAGAGAUAUCACACCUCGCGGCGAGGCUAGAGGAAUCGCGCCUAGCGUGGUCGGCUAGCGAGAAUCAAGAUCGCUCAUUACGGGCAUUGAACGACCUCUCUACCGCAGAACACAUCACUGGUUUCCACGGACGUCUUGGUGGACUGGGGACCAUCGACGCUACAUACGACAUCGCGAUCACGACGGCCUGCUCUGGCCUCAACAGCAUGGUCUGCGAUACCGUUGGGCAGGCAGAGAUGUUCAUGGACCACCUCCGCACCCACAACAUCGGUCGAGCGAGCUUCCUGGUUCUUGAAAAGCUCUCCAUGCCGCUGCAUCUUGAGUCGACCCCUCUUCCCCGGCUAUUUGACCUAGUACGAUCCAGCGAUCCCCGCUUUCUACGUGCUUUCUGGCACGCACUAGGAGAUACGUUGGUUGCAAAAGACAUAGAUGAAGCCAAUCGCGUCGCUGUGGGUGGCAUCCGUCGCUACCGGGUUGUUACCCUAGACGGGUUGCUCGUCAACCCGAGUGGAACUAUGUCCGGUGGCGGCUCUCCUCAGCAAGGUGGAAUGAGUGGUCUUCGCUCGUCAGGAUGUAUUCCAGCUGCCGAGGUACAAGCCCUCGAGCAGGGUCACGAGAAACUAAGCGAGAGGCUCGCGAAGGCACAGCUUGAGUUGGAAUUAGCGGACACGGCCGCGCGCAAGCUCGAACGCGAUGCCCCGGAGGUUGAGCAAGCUUUACGACUGGUGCACGUCGACUUGGAGGACUUGGAACGUCAGCUCGUGGAUGCGAGGAGGAGUAUUCAGCAAAAGGACGGCGAGAGUUCGGACGAGAAGGAAGUGGAGGAUCUAGGCAAUGAGCACCUGGUGUUGAUGCGCGAGAAAAUCGCGUCUCAGGAGAAGGUAGACAAGAUAGAAGGCGAGAUAUGUCUUCUGCACAAGGCACUCAUGGCUGCAGGAGGAUCGAGGCUGUUGGAGCAGAGAACUCUGGUAGAGACCAUCGGUCACUCGCUAGACAUCGCGGCAGAAGAAACGACGAAGGCCGAACUGGAGCGCGAUCAGAUGAAGGAGAAGAUACAGCAGCGGAUCAGCGCUAGGUUAGGUCACGACGAGCGUAUUCGAGGAGCAGAAGAACGAGUAGAACACCACAGACUGAAUACCGAGGAUGCGCAUCGCCUUCUCAAAGCAGGUGAAACGAGUAGGGAAGAAUCCGACUUGGAACUCGAGCGUGUCCGUGAACAGUGCGCUGCAAUACGGAACCGGCUGGACGAGUCGGUCCAGGGCUCACAGACAGUCCGCAAGCAGAUUGUAAGAGAGCUUUACACGUUCAGUCAAGCCGAGCGAGAUCGCCAUUCUACCGUCAUCGCUGCGUACAUUGCCCAACGUGCAGAACUCACUCUCGACCCGACUGAGGCUGAUAUGGAUCCUGAGAUAGGCCCACUAGCAGAAAUCAUACGGUUUGGUGGAGUUACCGAAGAUGCCAACGAGAUGAAGCGCUUUCAACACUACACGGAAAACGAGUUAGCACAACAGAACUUGUCCGACCUCCAGGCCAGAGUUGGUAUUCUUGAAGGGGAACUCGAGCACAGAGAGCCCAACCCUGCCGCUAUUCAGGCUUACCGAGAGCAAGAGGCGCAAUGUGUGCACCGGGGACAGGAUCACGAGGAGAAGGCUACUGUGCAUGCCGUGCGGAGAGCUGAUCAUGAUGCACUCUGCAAACGCAGACAGGAUGAGUUCAUGCAAGGAUUCAACAACAUAUCUCAGAAGCUUAAAACUCUGUACCAGAUGAUCACUCAGGGCGGGAAUGCAGAAUUGGAGCUUGUUGACAGCUUGGAUCCGUUCUCAGAAGGCAUCACCUUCAGCGUUAUGCCACCCGGCAAAAGCUGGAGGAAUAUAUCAGACUUAUCUGGGGGAGAGAAGACUCUCAGCUCCCUUGCGCUUGUAUUUGCGCUGCAUCUGUACAAGCCGUCGCCUCUGUACUUUAUGGACGAAGUCGAUGCGGCACUUGACUUCAAGAAUGUGUCCGUCAUAGCAAACUACAUCAAGCAUCAGGCGCAUGGCUCCCAAUUCGUUGUCGUUUCCUUGCGGUGGGUCAUGUACUUUUUCGCGAUUAUCGACUUCUGGCUUAUUCCUUCGUUAGCAGCGACAUGUUCGAAUUGA